GGCAGGCGGGAGGCUCAGACAGGCAGCCUUGCCGGCAGGAAUUCACAGAGCCAGGCACUGGAGCCACACUGCCCCUGAGCCUGUGCCCUUGUGCUUAGAACCGGAGCCUGCUUGCUUUCUUGCCAGUGGCCCCUGCCACAUCCUGUGCCAAAGGAGCCUCAUCAGCCUCCUGGCUGUGCCCUACCUCCUGCCCUUACUGUGCUGACCGGCAGACUUCCAGCAGCCAUGGUGGCAGGCAUGCUCAUGCCACUGGACCAGCUACGGGCCAUCUAUGAGGUGCUCUUUCGUGAGGGAGUGAUGGUGGCCAAGAAGGACCGGCGGCCCCGCAGCCUGCAUCCCCAUGUGCCUGGCGUCACCAAUCUACAGGUCAUGCGUGCCAUGGCCUCACUGAGAGCUCGGGGCCUGGUGCGGGAGACCUUUGCCUGGCGCCACUUCUACUGGUACCUGACCAAUGAGGGCAUUGACCACCUACGCCAGUACCUACACCUGCCACCAGAGAUCGUGCCUGCCUCUUUGCAGCGUGUGCGCCGCCCUGUUGCCAUGGUGAUGCCUGCACGUCGUCGCUCCCCCCAUGUGCAGUCCAUGCAAGGCCCCCUGAGCUGCCCACCAAAGCGGGGUCCCUUGCCAGCUGAGGACCCUGUCCGUGAGGAGCGAAAGGUCUAUCGAAGGAAGGAGCCUGAGGAGGGGGCACCUGAAACUCCUGUGGUGUCUGCCACCACCCUGGGGACCCUGGCCAGGCCAGGCCGGGAGCCUGCCCCAGCCACAGAUGAACGGGACCGUGUGCAGAAGAAAACUUUUACCAAGUGGGUCAACAAACACCUUAUCAAGGCUCAGAGGCACAUCAGUGACCUUUAUGAAGACCUCCGUGAUGGACACAACCUCAUCUCCCUGCUGGAAGUCCUCUCAGGGGACAGCCUGCCCCGAGAGAAGGGGAGGAUGCGUUUCCACAAGCUGCAGAAUGUUCAGAUUGCCCUGGACUAUCUCCGACAUCGCCAGGUGAAGUUAGUGAACAUCAGAAAUGAUGACAUUGCUGAUGGCAACCCCAAGCUGACCCUUGGCCUGAUCUGGACCAUCAUUCUGCACUUCCAGAUCUCAGACAUUCAGGUGAGCGGGCAGUCGGAGGACAUGACUGCAAAGGAAAAGCUGCUGCUCUGGUCACAGCGUAUGGUAGAGGGCUACCAAGGCCUGCGUUGUGACAACUUUACCACCAGUUGGCGUGAUGGCCGUCUCUUCAAUGCUAUCAUCCACCGGCACAAGCCCAUGCUCAUCGAUAUGAACAAAGUCUAUCGUCAGACCAAUCUGGAGAACCUAGACCAGGCUUUCUCGGUGGCAGAGCGGGACCUGGGAGUUACAAGGCUACUGGACCCAGAAGAUGUGGAUGUCCCUCAGCCUGAUGAGAAGUCUAUCAUCACCUAUGUUUCAUCCCUGUAUGAUGCCAUGCCCCGUGUGCCUGGCGCACAGGAUGGGGUGAGAGCCAAUGAGCUGCAGCUUCGCUGGCAGGAGUACCGGGAGCUUGUGUUGCUGCUUCUGCAGUGGAUCCGGCAUCAUACAGCUGCCUUUGAGGAGCGCAAGUUCCCCUCCAGCUUUGAGGAGAUUGAGAUCCUGUGGUGCCAGUUUUUGAAGUUCAAGGAGACAGAGCUCCCGGCCAAGGAGGCAGACAAGAACCGGUCCAAAGGCAUCUAUCAGUCUUUGGAGGGGGCAGUACAAGCAGGCCAGCUCAAGAUUCCUCCUGGCUACCACCCGCUAGAUGUGGAAAAGGAAUGGGGCAAGCUGCAUGUGGCCAUCCUGGAGCGGGAGAAGCAACUCCGGAGCGAGUUUGAGAGGCUGGAGUGUCUUCAUUUUAUUGUGAGCAAACUGCAGAUGGAGGCUGGGCUGUGUGAGGAACAGCUGAACCAGGCUGACUCCCUACUGCAGUCGGAUAUUCGGCUGCUGGCCUCAGGCAAGGUGGCUCAGCGGGCCGGGGAAGUGGAGCGAGACCUGGAUAAGGCUGAUGGUAUGAUCCGGCUGUUGUUCAAUGAUGUGCAGACCCUUAAAGAUGGGCGCCAUCCACAGGGUGAACAGAUGUACCGGAGGGUGUAUCGUCUGCAUGAGCGCCUGGUAGCCAUCCGCACUGAGUACAACCUCCGGCUGAAGGCAGGAGUGGCUGCCCCUGUGACCCAAGUGACCCUGCAGACUACACAGAGGCGCCCAGAGCUAGAGGACUCUACACUACGCUACCUGCAAGACCUGCUGGCAUGGGUAGAGGAGAACCAGCGUCGAAUAGACAGUGCUGAGUGGGGUGUGGAUUUGCCUAGUGUGGAGGCACAGCUGGGCAGCCACCGAGGCAUGCAUCAGUCUAUUGAGGAGUUUCGCGCCAAGAUCGAGCGGGCACGGAAUGAUGAGAGCUAGCUCUCCCCUGCCACCCGGGGUGCCUACCGAGACUGUCUGGGCCGCCUAGACCUACAAUACGCAAAGCUGCUGAGCUCCUCCAAGGCCCGCCUCCGGUCCCUGGAGAGCUUGCACGGU